AUCACCCGAAAAGCCAGGGAGAAAAAGCUGUUCAAAGUAUCUUAAUAAAAUAUAACUGGGUUUUCAAGUUUUACCUAUAAAAUACACAGCUUACAGUAGUACUUUAGGUUUAGGUUUAACUCUACUGUAGCAUUUGACUCUGGUCUCUAAUGCAGGGGUAUGACAUUAUUUUUCAUUAUCCAGCGCCUCAGUCGUAGUGAAACUGACGAUAUGAUUGGCAGCAAGCCAAUGGAAGAAACGAAUUCAAUUAAGCAAGUGGCAGGAAGAGACUCAGAAGAGAAAAAUACGGGCAAGUGUAAGACGUACAGAGGCGUUCGUCAAAGGAGCUGGGGCAAAUGGGUAUCUGAAAUUCGGCUACCAAAGAACAAGCGUAGAAUAUGGCUGGGGACUUUCGAUACUCCCCAGAUGGCGGCUCGAGCCCACGACGUGGCGGCUUUCAGCCUAAAGGGCGCAAAUGCUUCGCUUAAUUUUCCAGAAUUGGUGGGCACUUUUCCUCGCCCUUCUUCGUUGGAUCCAAGGGAUAUUCAGUCUGCGGCUGCCCAAGCUGCUCGUGCCGGCUGCUUCACUGUUUAUAACGAAACUUCUUCUUCUCAGGGAAGCGCAGAUGGAGCAGAUAAUUUAAGCACUUGGGUUGGAUCGGAUUCCAAAACUCUGAUUCCUGCCGACUUGGAGCUGCGCUUGGAACCGUCUCGACAUUGAGUACAGAUCCGCUGGGAUUCACAAGGAAUAAGAUCCCGGUGCCCUGAAUUGUAAGACAGAUAAUAGAUUUCAAUUGUGUAGAUUUAGUUUCUCAUUUCUGUCCAGAAUUUAUGUGGGUUUUCUUGCUAUAGUUUUUUGUCA